UUCAAGCUCAGAGAUUGUCGCUACAUCGUGCUGGUAAGAAGUUCGUCAUUCUGUUGAACUGGUGCGCGUUUUGCUCACGGCGUACAGCACUGCAAAUGAAUCUAAAAAAGAAGGUUUCAUAAACAAUCAUGCAUUGAUCAACACUCCUUCACUGGAUGUUUGUGCGACACAUGUUGUUUUCUAUAACUCAAGGUGUACGGAUUUACACAUGAUUUUGAUGUUUUAGUUGAAUUACGUAGUUAUUAUUCGGCAUUCGCAUCAUUUCAGUGCAGCUCUACUCUGGAAUUAAAGAAAGCCGGUAAUUCGGUGCUUUAAUAUCACCAUGAACACGUGAUCUCGCCAAAGAAAAUCUCCACCUCAGUCGUGUUCCACCUGCCUUUGCUCCACUGCCAGGGAUGGGAGCCAAUCAAAGCCUUCGACAGAUAAUAAGAGGAAUGUUCAGUAUGGCAUCAACUGGAUAAAAUAAGAAACGAUAGAAUUGUAUUGUGAACGAGUAAUUAUUAUAGCAGUUGGCAGUUUUGCAUGUAAAACUAACAAAAUAAAGUAGAACGAUCGUAUAGACAAUACGAUUGCAUUGUGUAUUACGAGAUAUUGUUAGAAAUACGGUAAUAAUCACAUCCAUUGUUCUACGGAGGAUUGAAUCAUGUCAGAUUCCGACGAGCGGUACCGGGUUGUUGUCCUCGGAGCUGGGAGAGUUGGAAAAAGCUCUAUAAUUUCACAAUUUCUAGAAAAGAAAUUUGAAUCGAAGUACAAGGAAACUGUCGAGGACCUGCACUGUAGGGAAUACACAGUAAACGGCCACAAUAUCAAAGUCGAUAUUCUUGACACGUCCGGGGCGAUGGCGUUCCCGGCCAUGAGACGAUUAUCUAUAUCAACUGCGCAUGCGUUUCUUCUUGUAUAUGCUAUCGAUGAUCGGCGAUCUUUUGAGGAGGUUCGUAAGAUUUACGAGCAGAUUCGAGAGCAACGAUCCAACUACGAUCAGAUACCAGUUGUGGUUGUCGGCAAUAAGUUGGACAUAGCGAUUGGCCGUCGCGUUGACGAGGGAGAGGUGAACGAUAUAACAAUAAAUGAAAACUGGCAUUGUGCACAUUUAGAGGUAUCGGCAAAAGAGAACCAAAGUAUUCUGGACAUCUUUCAAAAGCUUCUUGAGCUUGCUAAAAUUCCAGCUGCCCGAGAAUUGAGCCCAGUACUCAAGAGGCGGAUGAGUGAGUAUGGAUACAAAUCGAAACACCGGGAUGGCAAAUUCAGGGUUUCUGAUAAAGAUAUGGCGCGCAGUCGCAGUUUGAUUCGACGCAGCAGUAGACCAAAGAUGAAACAUAACGGUGAACCAUCCGAUUGCGUUAUCUCUUAGCCAAUACAGAUAGAAUGAUAUUGAAUAAUAAUUUUUAUUUAAAAAUGUAUUAUGCUUUUUUGUUGGACGAGCCUAAAGGCUGAUUCUUUGAUGUACGUGACCCGAAGCUUGUUUGUGACGUAUACUUGCUUGGUUUCACGGUGAAAAUUGUACUUUUAAAUUUUGAUAUGGAUAUCUAACCAGUAAGUUGGUGACUGUGGUAUAAAUAGAAUACAAUUCUGCCUUUCACGUGCGUCGUUAAAUCCACUGUAAAAAGAAACAGUAAUGGUGAUUUUAAAACUCAAGCAUAACUAUGUUUACAAAGACAAUAAUUAACGUGGCUUCACGUAAUCUUCAACAAUUAGUAUUUUAAUGGAAAAUUAUUAAUGUUUUUCUUUGGUAUAAUGUCUCUGUUUUCUGUAAGAAACCUUCAUUGUUAUUUACGGAAUUAAAGUGCAAAAAUUAACGAGAAAACUUA